GCUUGUUUAAACCGCCAACAUGGCUGUCGGCAAGAACAAGAAGCUCAUGAAGGGCAAGAAGGGCGGCAAGAAGAAAGUCGUUGAUGUCUUCACCAAGAAGGAGUGGUAUGACGUCAAGGCCCCUUCCUACUUCAAGAAGCGCCAAGUUGGCAAGACCCCGGUGAACCGCACCGCUGGUACCAAGCUGUCUGCUGACGGUCUCCGUGGCCGCGUGUACGAGAUGUCCCUGGCCGAUCUCAACGACGACGAGUCGACCUUCCGCAAGGUCAAGCUCCAGGUCGAGGAGAUCCAGGGCACCGAGUGCCUGACCAACUUCCACGGCAUGAGCCUCACCACGGACAAGCUCCGUAGCCUUGUCAAGAAGUGGCGCUCGCUCAUCGAGGCCUUUGUUGAUGUCAAGACCAACGACGGCUACGUUCUGCGUAUCUUCUCCAUUGGCUUCACCAAGAAGCAGGCCAACAGCGACCGCAAGACCUGCUACGCUCAGUCUGCUCAGAAGCGCGCUCUCCGCGCCAAGAUGGUCGAGAUCAUGCAGCGUGAGGCCACCUGCGACCUCAAGGAGUUCGUCUCCAAGCUCAUGCCCGGCACCAUCGGUCAGGAGAUCCAGAAGAAGUGCCAGUCCAUCUUCCCCCUCCAGGAUGUGUACAUCCGCAAGGUCAAGGUCCUGAAGAAGCCCCGCUUCGACGUGUCCAAGCUCCUCGAGCUCCACGGCGAGGCCGGUGGUGUCACCGCUGACAAGGGCAAGACCGUUGCCAAGUCGGGCGAGUUUGUCGAGCCCAAGCCCCAGACCUCGGUAUAAGCGUGCUCCCCGAGCCAUGACAGACGGUUGCGCGCCCGUGCUAUCAACACCCAGGCCCUUUGUUGGUGGUUUUUCUAUGUGCCAAUUUAAGGCUUGAGGAUAUCAUUACAGUCUUCUCGUCUCCCCUUUCCUUUUUUCAUGUGCACCGCCAGAAAGGCUCAAAAAGGUUUGAACCAUUUGUUCUUCUCCUUUUGGAAUGAAUUAGGUUGGUCCAAGCAGCAAUGCAGUCGAGUGCGUUGUAGGUCGGGUGAAAGCACAAAACAAAACCGAACAAGAUAAGAAAAACGCGAAACCAAAAAAAAUUAAUGUACGACAUGAAAACGCACAGCCAAGCCCUUUGGGUUGUGUCAAGGAAGGAUGUGACACGCUUGUGGUCAGAGGUGCAGUGAUUGCUCAUACUCCUAUUGGUACAGAGCGCAAGGGUGAGGGGUGAGUCCACCAAGCGAAGAGAGGUGAAAACAAGGUAGAAGAAAUAAGUCGACGAAAAC